AUGGAUGGCUGCUCAACCUAUGCAAAUCGGGGGUUAUGGUCACAUAGUUCAGAUUGUGUGAUCAGCAGUUCAAGGAGAACUCGACAUGGUGCUGCAAGACCUGUUCACCAAAGAUGGGUUUUUGGUGGAAUUGACCAGGACACCAAUGAUGCAUUCCUAGCUGAAGUUGAGAGAAGAGAUGCCGCGACGUUGUACCCUAAAUUCAACGUCAUAUUUUGCCUGGUAAAUUAA